AUGAAUAAACAAUAUUUGAACAAUGUACAACUUCACGUUAUAAUCAAACGUCGUUAUUAUCAUCUAAUCGAAUCGUUCAUUCUGCUGACACUCGCAGAAUCCGAUUGCGGACGAAUUCGUAAAAUUCCGAUAAACACGAUACAAAAACAGAAUCAAAGAGAUACGCGUCGUGCCGAAAAUGUCAACUGUCAUGCUACUUUGGCGAAUGCACAGGAAAAAAUUGUUGAAAAAGCAAGCAACAUUGCGCAAAAGGCAGCGCAGGAAGCAAAAGCCGCGUCCGAAGCGCAAAAUAUCGCUGGUCAGCAAGCAGCGCGUCAAGUGAAGGCUCAACUGGCGGAGAAGGCGGUUCAAGCUGCUAAAGCUGCUAAUGCGGCCUUAUCGGGUAAGGAAGCGAUGGUCGAGCAGCUGCGAGAGGAAGUGAAGGAGGCACGAUCGGUGGUCCAGGAAGAAACGUCCUCCUUGCAACAGGCUCAAGCUAACGUUAAUACCGCGAUCCAGGCAGCGCGGCAAUCUCAAAAUCAGUUGAAGACAUUGACGAAUGCGGUGCGUAUAGCGAAAUCGAACAUGGUAAACGCGCAGGCGGCUGCGAAUGGGGCACAGAGAUCGCUGCGAGAAAAAGAGGAGUUGUUGGAAGCGGCCAAAAGACGAGUGGAUGAGCUGUCGAAUCAAUUGCGAAGCGCCCGACAGGAUCUCGUAAACACGAAUCGCGCGGCAGCUAAAGCCAAUGCAGCUGCACAGGAGGCAAAGAUGAACGCCACCAGGAACAAAAGAAGAUUGGCGAAUCUCAGAAGAUUGCACGCGCCGCGUCCAAGUGCAGCGUAGACUUGCUUGAGGUUGCUACCUCAUCAGUGGUAUCAGAAGAUUUUUCUUAAUAAACAUUUUAUACAUGCAGAUUUAAUGUGCGUGUUCUCUAUGACAAAUGGACGAAAUGAGCGAAAUGAGAGAUUCGGCAAUUGGGGGGAGGUACAGUUGUUUGCGCGCGCGCUUCCAAGUGAUUGUUAGUCUCAGUUCUUGAUAUUUUUAUAGGCAACUGAAUGAAUGAACAAAUAAAAAAUCACAGAUAAUCGUACUGGCAAAACACAUUGAUAUUUAUGUAGUUUAUAGAGAGAAAUAGCGUCUCGUAAAAGGGAAAAUUUUUUGACAAAAAUAUCAAAAAUUUCAAUUGAUCAUCAAGAAUGUUGAUACGUUGAUACUUGUCAUACUGAAAUACGUCACGUCAUACGUCGUACUUUUCGAUAUGCAAUUACAUAACCAUUACAUUAUGUGCUGACAUUUACAUUGAAAUAGCGGCUUGGUUCACGAAUCAAGGCAGGCGUCACGCUUCGAUUAUGGCUUGCUUUUCUAGAACACCGUGAACGAUGCAUCACUUCCGUAUAAUGUCGCUAAUGCGUCGUGACGCGGAGCUGUGCAUCAAAUCUGUGAUGGUUAUUUAAUUUAAAAAAAGGACAGAAUGUGUAUCGUUCAAAUAACUGAUUCUGUCAAAUUGAUGGUGUCUAUUUCGAUCGUUUUACAGAGCGUAUACUCUUAUGCUUAAACUGCUUAAUCAUUACUGGAAUUUGUGAAAAGGAGAUGUGCGUGGAAGUACGCCGUGACAUUACAAAAUGGCAUACGCUCCAAGCAGUAAUGCAUGAAAUUGCCCUGUACUUGAAAUAGAUUUUGGAAUAUCAAGCCUCUGUAUCACGUAUGUACGCGUAUUGCGUUGACUAGUCAAGCGUCAACCAACACGUAAAACAGGUUUGUCGUUCGCUCGGGUUUAGGUUUUAGGUCAAUGUUCAUUUACGCGAAAACAGUCGAAGAAAUUGCUACAAUUUUGUAAUAAUAGCUUCCAAAUCAAGUUUUCGCAUUCAUCAAGAUUAUACGUAACUAUCUUUUUUUUUCUUGUCAACUCUCAAUCUGUAUAAUCGCGCGUACGCACGUGCAUGACAUAAUAUUAUCAUUUCCAAGGUAAGUUUCUUGAUCUCAAGACUGAUUUGUUUAAACAACAUUAUACGUAUCGUUUUACACACGUAUGCAUACUCGUUCAGUCGAGUCGUACCUUGAAAAAUUAAUGUAAUACAGUCUGUGUGCAGGCCACAACGACCAUUCUGGUCACCUUCGUUCGACAUUGUUUCAAUCACUAAAAUUCUAGAUUAGAUGUCGAACGAACGGUUGAUUUUUCUUGGGUCGUGACCUCUCUCACGUCAGAGAAGCACUUUCACUCGAAAUCCUUGAUUAUUCUUACACAUGAUAUCGCUCAUAAUAUCAUAUGCACGAAUACUCUUUGUACUCUGCAAGGUACAAAGCCGCAUUGCAUGAGCCGCGUUCAUGAAUGAACGAAGUAAGUGAAAUAAUUUUCAAAUGCAUGUACGGUUUAUCAUCAUGGGCGGGCCAUUAACAACCGAGUAUUCGAUAGUAACGACUGGCAAUUAAGAGUCGUGAGGGAAUAAAGUGUAUUUAAUCGCGCAAUGUUCGACUUGGGAAAUGCAAUCUUGAUAAAUGUGUGAUGAGAUUUGGUUGAAUCUUAGAAUUCAGUAACACGCGUGUACGCACUCACGCGCACGUAGCGGAUGCCGUGAUAGAGUCAAUAUCUUAAUUAGCAGUUAACAAGACCACCAUGUACACGCACAUGAGAAAAAUGGAUGUGCAAAAUUGAAACUAAUUCUGCGAAAUAUGUCGAUCGGUAAAGGCGUGGUAUAUGCACAUAUCAGAUAUAUACACAUUACUUGGAAACGAUAUUCCGGAAAAUUAGUUCCGUCUCUGUAGCCAGUCACUUCGCUGCCAUUCAAAGCCAUUCACCGCACCCGAGGGUAUUCAACGAUUCCCUCGCGACGGCGCGGCGCGGCGGCGCAAGCGUGAAUGCGAAUAUAAUGCAUGUUUAAUCACAAUCAUUUCACCCCCAUAACUCAGACGCGAUCACUACCGGUGUGCUAUCAGUCUGCCGCUCUAUUAUACUUGGUGUCUAAUUUCUCCUGCAUUGUUUUUUUCUACUAUAUUAUAUCGCAGAUUGUUUUGCCGGUUAUACAAACGUGUUUCUUCUUAUUUGUCAAACAUUUUGCCAAAACGUCAUCUUGCCAUAAUUAAUACCUCUCAUAAUCUGUUAUAGUAAUAACUGUAAUAAUAUUGACAAAUUUUCAAGCGAGAUUUGGUAAAAGUGAAAUUCACUUUUAGUAAAGCGCAGAGGACAUUAUAUAUUGACACAACGUUAUCUCAAGUUCUCAAGAUUGAAGCGUUAUUCAUUAUAUUGUCAAAAUUGACAAUAUUUUAUUCAACGAAACGCUCUCUCUCUCUUGAAAUUUAUUAGUAAAAUAUUCAUAGUCAAUAUUUUUGUUAAACAGUCAAAUUGUAAUAUCGUGGCUAACGUGGCUUUGAGACACCUUAUAGUUAACUAGAGAACCAAAUCACCGCUCGAGAUCUAAACACUUCUUAAUCGCUGAAAUUAAUGAUCGAAAGUCAGUGCGAUGCUUAUCCCUUAGGCGGUCUGGUUGCAUGAGCUAAAUGUGGUUUAAGCAGGAAUCCGGAAAAUAACUCCAUGUGCAAUUAAGACGAAAUAAUCUCAUUAAAAACCGUGACAGCUGCUAGCAAUAGAUCUUGAUUGCCAUUUAUUUCUGUAAACUAUUACGAGUAUAUAUUUUACGAAAUUGAAAUAAUUCGAAUUAUCAACAUUAACAUUGAAGAGUCGAACUUUUGUCGAGUGUUUGAGUUUCGUUGAAUUAUGUCUAUGAAGAGAAUGAAGAAGACUGUGCUUUUUUCCUUAGGUUUAUCACCACGUGAAUACGCACGGUUCGCCUUAUUAUUUCUGACGUAAUAAUAAUAACGACAUUUGCAAUUGUUAUUGUAUAUUUAUUGUAGUAUAUUGAGAUAAAAAUCAGCUGGGGCCGCGAUAAAGAGACACAAGCAGCGAAAGCAGCUGCAGUCACUCUCGCUGGCAAAUGAGCGGUGAUCGGCCAACUGUACGACGGGAGAUGAAGGAGGCAGAGAGCGUUGUCCAAGAGGAGAGCUCCUUACAGCGCGUGCAAGCUGAUGUCAAUAUUACCGGACAAGCACAACAGCGGGUAAAAUGCCUCGCGUAACAGAUAAUGCGUUCAAAUAGAACGUUCGCGCAACAGAUAAUGCAGCACAUGUACGAUUAACUUGAACGAUGUAGUCUUUCUUUCGCAUCGAUCUCACCUGAAGAUUGAUGCAGACGGUGCAAAUGGCGAAUACAACUUUUUGAAACGCCGAAGAUGCGCGGAAAAUAUUCGACGAGAAGAAACAAUUACUCGAAGAAGCUAAAAACAGUCGGCCAGUCAUAAAAAUUCACAUAGAUGAGGCCAAUGCAAAUAUCGAGAUAAGAUCAAAUCGAAGUCAAAGAUUAUGUCGCAAAAAGUGUCAAUGUACUUUCGUAACGUAACAUUUAUUUGUGAAAAGAUAUUGCGAAACACAUUUUCAAUUUUUAUAUUGACUCGAUCAAGUUAAAACGUUAUCGCGUAAUCUUGUUUCAAGUCUCUAGCGUGUUGGCUUACCUACAGUCGAAAAUCGUAAGGAAUCUAGCAUAGCUUUUAUAGAUUUACUUGUCGUGCUAGCGUUCAAUGAAAGAUGGAGACAUGCGUAUGUUCUUGUAUGAAAAAUAAUACGAAUAAUAAUAAAACGAAAUAACAC